AUGGAUCGUCUUCACGUUCCAAUCAUGGAGGACUUUCUUCUCUCAUCCAUCGCCACUUUUCACACAACCAAGAUUACUGUUACAGAUCCCACUAAGUUCUCCUUCAUUGGAUCUAUUCCUGAGACCAUGCUUGCUUGUGUGUCUGCAGCAAGUAAUGUCUUGCAACAAUAUAGGAAGAUUCCUUCCUCAGGUCCACGGGAGCUUACACCAGCCAUGGUUCGCUCCAUUGACGAUGCUGACAAACCAGCGAAGAAGGGAAAGAAAUCUGACACUCAGAAGGAGACGCAGGUUUCUAAACCAACCAAGGGGCAAACCCCUAAGAAGCGAAAGUCAGAUAAAGCUGCUCCAUCACAACCUCAACCGAAGAAGCAGAGAAAGGCUGCUAGGAGACUCAUAUUCCAAUCUUCAAGUGAUUCAGACUCAGAGUAUGUUCCUCCCAAAAAUAAAUAUGCUCCUCCUUUAGAAUCUGAGAGCGAAAGCUCUGAUGAUGAGGCUUCGGGUCGUGGUGAUACCCCGCCUCGCUCCCCUACCCCAGAAAUUCCAAUUCGCUCCCAACCUCGUUCUCCUCCACCUGUUACUAUCCCAGUAUCCAUCCCUCCAAUAUUUCCUAUCCGCACCUCUCAACCAUCCACCACUAUUCCCAUCCCUACUCCAAUACUCACAGACACUACCACCACCACUACUACUACUACUACUACAGGGUCUCAUUCUACAGCUCCCACCCCACCUGUUACAACCGAACCUCCUACCACUACCAAACCAUUAUCUCCUACACCUUCUACUGACACCACCCCAGUUCUAGGUGGUGAGGACUUGGAAUUUGAUUCCACCUAUUUUAGUCAUUACCGUGUACAGAGUGAUGAAGAUGAUGAUAAGCCUGUUACCAAGCAUCAUCUCAAAGCAGUCAACGACAAACUCGAUCAAUUGUUUUCCUCCUCUUCCUCUGGGGCUUACUCGGAUGCUGCUCUCAAGGCAUUGUUCUCCUCUGUUGUCGAAGAACAUAAUGUCUCCCUUACUGCUGCAACUAAGGCUAUAGACGCCUCCACUUCCCAAUGCCAGAAAGCCUCCCUCGCUGUUGAGUUUUCCACCAAGGAGUGCAAAGAAGCGACCGCAAAAGUCGAUAAACUAAUUUUUGAGGCUCACUUAUUUUUAUACUCUUUGCAGGCGGCUGCUCAGAAAAAUUCUCAAACUGUUAAUGCUUUAGUGUAUAAUCUUCAACGUUCUCUUCAAAUUGAACGGUCCAACCUUGAAGCUGCACGCUAA